AUGAGUAACGCUGUAAAUUCUGAACAUCCACAAGAGAGACAACCGGGAUUUUGCUCUGCGACCUGCAGUAACAGGGAGAGUUUGCAGCAGGCGAUCAAAAAGCGAGAAGUCAAGACCUCCGAUGUAUUUGCAACUUGUAACCUUCCGAAGCGAUUUGAGCAUCCACAUUGGUUCAACGGCUAUGGUUGCCAACUGAGUAAGCAGCACCCUUUCUACCGAACUUCAGCUAGUGAAUACGGCUGGUUUCCACCAGGUUACCAUUCGGUUCCUUCGGUAUUUUUCCCCGCUGGCCAAACAUUCACCAAUCGACUAUCUGCUGCCGGCAUGUACAGGAAUUACAGCCUCAAUACUGGAAUGGACCCUGUUGGCUAUCGUUAG